AAUUUCACACAAAUCUACAAUCUAAGCCAACUCUUUUCUCGAUCGAACCCGAUUUUGCUAAAUUGGAUAAUCUUUUCCCUAUAAUGUUCACGUUCUAGGGAUUUGCUUUUCUCCCUGAAUCAUCAUCUCUACGAUAGUACUGCAAUCCAAUCCAACUCCAUCUGAAGUGCUUGAUAUAUAGCAGGGUCUUCAGACCCGACCAUUUCCCAAGUCGCUGCUGCAGCCAGCCACCAGGAACCCGUCGGAGUCGCGAAAGGUAGCAUAAGCAUCGUUAUCUGGUGUUUCUGUUCAACUCAUGCAAGUCCUUUACUGCUUGUUGUAAACUUUCAAUAACAACUUUCAACUAUGGCGCUUUCCGGAACUGCCUUAUCCUUCAAUGGACUUUCUUCUACUCUCAAGGAGUUUAAUUUCUCGCCGGGUUUGUUCAUGAAUAGUUUUAACAAGCGACAUCAUGUUUGUCUGUCAUCCUUUGAGCCAAAUAGGUUGGUUUUUGGAAAAAGUGAAAGAGGAAACCAACUAUCUAUUUCUCCUAAUCAAUGCCUCAAGUUUCAAAUGAGAAGAUUAGGGACACGACAGGGAGUAAAAAGCGAAGACUCAUUCUGCUUGGAAAUUGAUAGUCACGGAAACUUCUCUCAACUCGCUAAUUCUCUCCGUCGUUCAGUCAUCAUUUCACUGCCGAUGACUCCUCCUUCAAUUGGUAAACCCUAUGAAUCUUGUGUCCAGGAACAAAAAGAUACAAGAUAUUUCAAUCUUGAAGGGUCAUUGCCAAGACCUUCUUGCUUCCAUGCAGGACAGACAUCUGGAACAUUUGAGUCAAUUGACAGUGCUUUUGGGGUUUGUAAUGAUAUUAGUGUCAUAUCGAUUUACAGGAACAACAUCUAGAACAUUUGAGUCAAUUGACACAAAAUGAAGACAGUCGAAGAAGAUGAUGAAAUUAAGUUGCACAUCAUUGCCACUAUUUCAGCACUUGUACCAAAAUAUCUUGCUUAUGCUAGAUUGGUAUAAUUGAAUCUUUUAGCAUCUAUAUAUGUACAAUUGAUAUGCAAUCAUUUACAUAGGUCGAAGGUAGGUGAAUUUCUAUUAAACCGGUGUAUUUAAAGUUUUCCUAGAUUCAUAGGCAUAUUGGUCCAAGGAUGCAGUAUGAGUUAUACUAAUGACAUUAUUUUUGUCGCAUUUCUAAGUUAUUAAUUGUAUAAAUACAAUUGUGUUCUUGGCUUUCUUUUAUGCCUUUGACUCUUUAUCUUUGGUUUUGAUGACCUUAAUGAGUACAUUGGUAGAGAUUUUAUGAUUGUUAUCUUUGGUUUUGAUAUUUUAAUGAAUAUAUUGGUAGAGAUUUUAUGGUUGUGAGAAA